AUGGGGAAGCAAAGCAAAUCAAGAAAAGCAGAUUACAUAGGCAAAGGAAAGGUAACUCCGGUCCAAAUUGCAUUCAUCGUAGACCGUUAUCUUUCGGACAACAAUUACCCACAUACUCGAUCCGCUUUCCGAUCCGAAGCUUCCAAUCUCAUCUCCAAAUCCCCAGUUCGAGAAGCUCCCAAGAGUUUAUUGAGUUUGGGGGCUAUUUUGGAUGAGUAUAUAAGAUUGAAGGAGCAGAAGGUGAUGUUGGAUCAAGGGUGGUGCCGUUUAGAGCAGGAGAAAUCCCGGAUCCAGAAUUUGCUUCGGGGUAUGCAGGAUGUCAUGAAUGCAUACAAUGUUAAUGGAGAUAAUGUAACUCUUCCGCCACGGUUGCCACCAACCGUUUCAUCUAAUACAAUGCCAAAACAAGGGGAAGCAGGGCACAUUUCUAUGUACAACACUCCAGCUAUUAUGUCCAAACAAGAUUCCACAAAUUUCUCGAUUCCAAUUACAAGUCAUAGUAAUACGAAAAGAAAAGGAUCCGAAGAUGUCAAAGAUGCAGUUGUGACUGCUAAGAAAUCUCGCAAGCCCAAAGAUUCUAACAUAGUCAUGCAAACAGUCAAUUCAGAAAAGAAACAUGAAGUUUCUGCAUUUCAGUCAUAUGUUCACGAUAAUGCACUAGGCGAAUCAUCAGUUCAAGGAUCUAACGUUGUUAAAUGUUUGUCCACUCAGCCUAUGCCAUCCCCUCUGGCUAAUUCCUCUGGUCCUAAAACACCUCCACGAGCAUUGUCCCCUCGUACAGAGAAAUCUAUUUCUCCAUUGGAAAUUUGCUCGACUGCUACUUCCUCUGACAUUACUCAACAAAUCACAUCGUCUACUACACAGACAAUUCGAGUUAGUCCUGCCAAACAAAUAGCAUACUACUCUAUAGAGAAAACCCGUUGUAUUUCUACUUCCUCUCCGUUUAAGACAGACUUGAAGAGGCUCAAUAGGAUAGAACAUAUAAAAGGAAGGCUAGAUUUUGAUGAUUCUAACAUUCUAACUGUUUCAGAGAACUCAUCUCCCGAUGGUACCUCGACGUCAGAAUUUGAUAGGGAAGAGGGUAUCCUAGAUUUCGAUAUGACUAAUCUGGACAAUUUUGAUUUAGACUUUAAUCUUUCUGAACUUUUAGUCGAGUUUGAUCUUCACAGUGAUGGACCUGGUUUUUCCUGCCAGCUGCCGAUGGAUUCUUCUCCAUAUUCUCAUUUGGGAUCGUCAAAUCCAUCAGAGGCUGUUAACAGAUCGUCACUUCUAUCAGAGGACAUGGAUGUACUGGAUACUGUUACAACUAUGAUGUCUGCAACUAAAUGUAUCAAGAUUGUGAGUCCAGUUAAAAAUCAAAGGAACCCUUAG